AUGUCUAUAAGUGGACGACAGGCUUUUUACCAAUGGUACGAACAACAAGCCGGAAAAGUGUUUGAUUUCCAGAAGGAAUUUUUGGACUAUUGUGUCUCGGACGUCGAUAUUUUACGACGAUGUUGUGCUCAGUUUAGAGCCACCCUCAAGAGCUUGGUCCAUGUAGACCCCUUCCAGGAAUCCAUCACUUUUGCCAGUGCCGCCAAUUUAGCUUACCGUCGAGGAUUCAUGCCCAGAGAGACCAUUGCCAUCGUUCCCAACCUGGGGUAUCAGCCUGCACGUCGAUAUUCCGCCAAAGCCUGUCGGUGGUUAAGCUGGAUGAGUCAGCAGAGCGGACAUAACAUACGGCAUGCAAGAAACGGGGGAGAAGUCAAGAUCGGAAGUUAUACCGUCGACGGAUAUCAAGAAGCCACUCACACCGUGUGCGAAUUUUACGGAUGCUAUUGGCACGGAUGCCCCACUUGCUAUCCGAAUUUACAGACCGAAAGUCAUCCUCACCGGACCCAAUUUACCUAUGAACAAUUACACGAGGAAACUUUAAGAAGGAGUUCUGUUUUAGAGGAAAUGGGGUACUCCCUCCUUAGCAUCUGGGAGCACGAAUUCGAUCAAGAAGUGCAAAGAGAGGUAACUCUACAGAAUAAUGUACGAGAACUGGACAUUUCAGAUCCUUUGAACCCCCGAGACGCCCUGUACGCAGGCCGGACUAAUGCGACUAAAUUAUAUUGUGAGGAGGGGGACAUGAGAUACGUGGACGUCUGUUCCUUAUACCCUUACGUAUUAAAACACAGACCUUUUCCCCAAGGCCAUCCUCAGAUCAUAACAGACGACUUCCAGAACGUGAGAACUUAUUUCGGCCUCAUUCACUGUCGGGUCCUACCACCCCGAGACCUCUGUCAUCCCCUUUUACCUUAUCGCACGGGAGGCAAGUUAUUAUUUCCCUUAUGUCGAACGUGUGCGGAACGACAGGACUCUACCUCUAAACAUCGAUGUCAACACGCAGACCAGGAACGCAGUCUUACGGGUACCUGGGUGACUACAGAAUUACAUAAAGCCCUAGACAUGGGAUAUACCUUAGAGCGGAUUUACGAAGUUUGGCAUUUUCCAGAAAGCAGUCAAGAUUUAUUCAGACCUUACAGCGAUACCUUCUUAAAGAUCAAACAGGAAGCUUCUGGAUUCCCACCUGAUUGUCAGACGGAGGAACAGAAACUAGAUUACAUUCGUAAAGUCUUAGAAAGAGAAGGGAUCAGGAUGGACCUGUUAAAAGAGGAAUUACAGCAACUCUUACAAGAUUCGACCAUUGACAUCAAAGGGAUAGAACUCUUAGAAAAUAAAGAGCAGCCAGAAUCGGACAUGAUGCUGGUCAAUUAUCAAGAGAAACAGGAAUUUGUAGAAGAGUGUCCCUUCGGAAACGUGGUACUGGCCUGUUUCACUACAGCCCAUGCCCGAUUACACCUCUACGAGACUUUACAACCUUUAGGAGAUCGGGUGCUUUAUUUCGACACGGACAGUAUCAUAUACCAACAUAAGGAGGGACAAUUUAAUCCUACCCUUGGCAACAGUUUAGGAGAAUGGACCGACGAAUUAGACGGGGACCACAUUAUCAAAUUCAUGUCAGGAGGCCCCAAAAAUUAUGCUUACCUCACAGCCAAGGGAAAUUCCAUGUGUAAAGUCAAAGGAUUGACUCUUAAUUAUCGGGCCUCUCAGAUCGUGUCACCAGAGACUUUAGAAAAAAUGCUCAAGAAGAAAUUGAUGAAAUCCAAGUCUCGUAUCCCUACAAAAUACAGAGGACUCGUCAACAUGAAGUCAAGACAAUACCUUUAG